AUUAAAUCUUCCUCCCCACUAGCAACAAACACCAUCAAACCCAACUCCACAUCGGGGUCUCUCUCUCUCUCUCGGAUUUUUAUUAUCCUCUUUCUGGGUCAUUUUCUGAGAUGGCUGAUACUCUAGACGGCGCAGGGUUUUGGCUUCCCCCUGAUUUCCUUACAGACCAUGACCUACUCAUGGACAAAGAAAACUUCGCCAAAAAUGGCCUCAACACUGAUCUAAGCUGGAAUCCCUUCUUCCCUAGUGAGUUUCCGUACGAUUUGGGCUAUGCAGGCUCCUUUGGUUCGUCCUCUGUUCGUACCUCGCCUGUUGAGUCCGUGGUAAGCUCACCCGAGACACUUAGCGACGAGGAAGACUUGUUCACUGUGUUGACUCGCCAGUUAGCUCGCUCGACCCUCCGGGAUGUUCGUGAAAUCACUUCAAGAACUCAAAAUCUCGAGAAGAGUUGGGUCUUGUCUGGUUCUCCUCAAUCGACACUGAGUGGACUUGGAUGUUGGUCCAGCAAUGGAAGCCCUGACGGACCUUCUAAGGGGUCCUCUCCUCCAACGACGCCAUUGGGUGCGAACAACGACGCUUGGGAUCUCAUAUUCCAAGCUGCUGGGCAAGUCUCAAGGUUAAAGAUGAACUCCGAUGGGUCUACCAAAGGCAGAGGCCUCCUAAACCCACCGAGUUCUCUUACUCUGGUCCACCCUUCACCGCUUGUGAAACCCCCCAACUCUGGGUUAUUUAAUAACCAGUGUCUAUAUCAUGCUCUCGCACAGGCCAACCAUCAAGUGAGCCAGGACCAACUGUUGAAGCUACAGGGCUCUGCUGUUUUGGGUAGAGGGCCAAAAGAAGAGUGGUUCUCGCAGAAUCAACUCUCUCAAAACAGAGGCUCGAGGAUCGGUUUUGGUGGUGGAGGCGGAUUUGUCCAAAGUGGGAGGUGUGGAAAGCCACUGGGGUCGGUUCAAUCUCCAUGGCCUCCUUCGCAAUUUCAACACCAAAUCCAACCACUACAGAAUAGUGGGUCAGGGAUGAAAACGGUUUUUUUUGGUGGAUCUGGUGGCGGUGGUAGCGGUGGCGGUGGAAAAAGGGUGUGCGCUGGCACUGGUGUGUUUCUGCCUCGCAGAUAUGGGAAUCCUUCUGAGACCCCUCGAAAGAAGCCAGGUUGUUCAACUGCUCUACUUCCAGCUGGAGUUGUUCAGGCUCUGAACAAGAACUUCGACGACAUGACUGUUCAUACCCAACAUCAUCAAUCUCAUCCCCGCUUCAAUAGCGCCUCCAUCCCCGACUAUGAUUUGUUGAUGGCUCGGAGAACCGCAGUAGUGGAACCACAGAGGCGAAGUAUACGGCUGGAAGGAGCAAUGAAUCAUGAAAUACGGCUACCUCAAGAAUGGACCUAUUGA